AUGAUUGAUCGAUCCUGAGCGCCCCGAGCGGGCUGCGCAGCUGACUUUUCGUUUUGGAACAAAAUUCAACAACCUAGUUACGAAGACAAAUCAACAAAUUACAGCCCAAUCGUUGUUUUCACAACGCCAUGAACGAGAGCCUUGUCUCAAAGUACAAAGACAUCGUCACCUCCAGAGGAUUGACUUAUCACUAUCUAUCCUUGCCAGCUGUAGAUGACAAACCCACUCUACUCUUUGUCCAUGGAUUUCCCUCAAUCUCAUACGAUUGGUAUCAUCAGAUCAACUACUUCUCCGAGAGGGGAUUCGGAGUAGUAGCACCUGACAUGCUCGGGUACGGCGGCACGUCCAAACCCACUGAUAUGUCCUUCUUUCUGCACACCGCAAUCGCACAAGACUUGCUCGACAUUCUUGAUGCCGAGAAAGUCCAAAAAGCCAUAGCCGUUGGACAUGACUGGGGCGCUUGCAUAAUCUCCGUCUUGUCAAUGAAACACUCUGACCGGUUUUUGGGUUUCGCGUGGGUUGCGGUCACACACCAAAUAUACGCCCCCUUCCCUCCCAUUGAUGUUAUUUUGGAGAUGAAUAUUAAGACAUUUGGCCGGCCACUUCUGGGGUAUUGGAAGUUUUUCGAACAAGAAAGUGCUCCUCAAAUCAUCGAGAAGAACCUGGAAUCUUUGAUUUCCGUGUUUUAUCCGGAUGACCCAGAUAAUUGGCUGACUCUGAUGAAUCAACCCGGGGAGAUACAAGCUUUCAUCGAAAAUGGAAAGACGACAAAGAGAGCCAGUUAUCUCACAGACGAGCACCACUCACGCUUGUUGGAGUCACUAAGGGGAGGUGGGUUAACGAGUGCCCUGAACUGGUACCAAUCCACGCUCGGUGGUGUUAAUUCCCGCAUCAUGGAAGAAAUACCAGAAGAAAAUCAGUUUAUCAAGAAACCCGCGUUCUUCGCGGUCGCAAGGAAAGACCACGUAUGCGUGUAUGAUUACGCCGUGCCACAAAUGAAGAAAUACGCGACGGGAGGUCUCAAUAUGGUAGAGUUUCAAGGCGGACACUGGGUUCAAUUGGAGGAACCGGAAACUUUCAACAGAGAGCUGGAGGGUUGGAUUCGCGAUACGUUACAACAAAAUUGUUGAGCGUAGGCGGGUUGGUCACGAAUACUCACGAACAUCAGUUGUACAUCACCAACUCACAAUCUACCCGAGCCCAAUUUCCUCUCAAAACGUUGUGAAUUACUAGUGUGAUUUUUAGUUCGUGCAUGAGCGCAGCUGGGACGAAGACAACGUCGCCAGAAUUGAACUGGCCACACGUUCGA